CGCAGAAUCAAAGCAACGAUGGACAUGGCGACCGCAGCCCCGCAGAUGGCCAUGAACCGGGCCUACGCGGUACCGCAGCAGUUCCAGCAGCCACAGCAGCAGCCCCAAGAACCCAAGCAGAUUAGCACGGAGCAGAUCCAGGCGAUGCUGGACGAGAAUUCGAGUCUCAUCGUGGAAAUCAUCGAGCUCAACACGCAGAUUAAACACGGGAAGGGCACAGCGCAAUUGGGGGAAUUCACGGAGAAACUGGACAAGAAGCGAAAGAACCUUAACAAGAACCUCAUGACACUGGCCAAGUGGGCUGAUGAAUCCUCGGAAACGUCUCCGAGACAGCCACAGGCGUACGGACAGACCCAAAUAGCUCAGCAACAACAACAGCAGCAGCAGCAACAGUACGCGAGGACAGGUAUGAUGCAGAUGCCAAUGGCCAAUCAAGCGCAGCUCCAAGCUCAGGCUCAGGCUCAAGCACAGGCGAGAGCUCAGGCGCAGGCACAUCAAGCACGGCUUCAAGCUCAAGCUCAGGCACAGGCCCAGGCUCAGGCGUACGCUCAGGCUCAGUACCAGGCACGAAUGAACCCGAUGAUGGCCCAGCAGUAUGCACAGAUGAACCCAAUGGCUCAACAGCAACAGCAGCAGCGGUUUGCUAACGGUGGCAUGCCCUACGGCGUGCCUGGUAGUGGAGCGAUGGCUCACAAUGUUCGCAUGAGCAAUGCAAUGCCGGUACCUACCAGUUAUGCGGACAACCGAGGUGCCAUGGCGCCCAACAUGGGCUUCCAGAUGGGCCCCCAGGGCUAUGGCAUGAUGCCCCCUACUCAGAUGCAGCGCAUGAACCCAUCGACGCAAGGAAUGCCUCAGCAGAGUAUGGCUCAGCAGGGUAUGCAGCAACAAAGCAUGCCUCAUCAGAGCAUGACGAUGGCGCAGCAAAGCAUGGGAAUGCCUCAACAGAGUAUGACCAUGCCCCAGCAAAGUAUGACCCAGCAGAGUAUGCCCAUGGCCCCGCAGAAUAUGCCCCAGCAGAGCAUGGCGAUGUCACAGCAAAAUAUGUCGAUGGGCCAGCAGGGCAUGACUCAGCAGAAUAUGCAGAUGCCCCAGCAAGUCAUGAAUCCGAUGCAGAUGAACGGACCUCCGAACUCGGGUCCCAUGGCUGACGCCUCAGGUCAGUCGAGCAAUUAGCUGCUGGAAUGAAGUCACAGUACAGGUAACGCGUCCAGAAAUUUCGUUUUUUUCUAUCCUUUAUAUCGUUCUUACAGUCCCACCUCACCAGGAGAAUUGAAGACUGCAAGGAUGUCUUGAAUGCUGCCAAAGGAUUGUUUUGAUGUUGUGACAGGCCUCUGUCAUACGGGUGCCACCGCGUGUGCGCGGUGGCCAAUCGGAGUCUAGCGUACAACCGUUGGUUGGGACGGUCUCGAGUAUCGAGACCGUCUCGACACUGCAUGCCCACAUCAAUCAAUCAGCGUUAUAAUUCC